CUAUUUAUCAUGGAAAACAUCCAGCUACAAGACUUGAGAGGCUUGGGCCUGUCCACAGGCCACACACUUGAAGAUUUGCCUGUUGUAAACAGCAAGGACAACAUAAUUGGAAUGCAAUCGGUUAGAGCGCAUACUUCUGAGCAUGAUGACUCUUCGCAGGAAGAAGAGCCUGAAUAUCCCGAAGGAGGAUUCCGGGCGUAUCUUGUUUUACUUGGGUCAUUUCUUGGACUAACGGCCAACUUCGGGCUUGUGAAUUCUCUGGGAGCUAUACAGACCUAUUUAGCCACCCACCAGCUUUCGGAAUCUUCUGCAUCGACCAUCGCGUGGAUUUUUUCCAUCUAUUUAGCUUUGGCAUUCGGAGGAACCAUAUUUGUGGGCCCUUAUUUCGAUACAAGAGGUUCUCUUUCACCAAUGGUUGGAGGUACCUUGUUAGUCUUUGUUGGGUUGAUGGCUGCUGCCAACAGCACAAAAGUAUGGCACUUUAUAUUGUCACUUUCUUUAUGUGUGGGAGUGGGAAAUGCCAUGUGCAUAAGUCCUUUGGUGGGAGUUAUCAGCCACUGGUUCCACAGACAAAUCGGAUUUGCUAUUGGUCUUAGCUCCAUGGGUGGUUCAGUUGGUGGAAUGGUGAUUCCUAUAAUGUUGAGAAGUCUUUACCAGAAGGUGGGAUAUGCUUGGGCCAUUCGCAGUUUGGCAUUCAUGUGCUUGGGACUUUCGUUGAUAUCGACAUUUUUGAUUAAAGAGCGGUUUACAAAACUGGUUUCAAAUGAUGACUAUGACUCCAAAAGACAUAAGUUUGUGGGAGUUAGUAAGAAGCUUUUCAACCUCAAUUCUUUAACAGAUUCUAAGUUCAUUUUCUUGGUGUUAGGAGUGUUAUUAGGAGAAAUGGGGAUCCUCUGUGCUACUACUUACUAUGGAACCUAUGCCAUUGCUCAGGGUGUUUCUGAAAGUGAAUCAUAUAUCUUGUUUACGUUAUACAGUGCUGCAGGUGUAUUGGGAAGGCUAUGUCUUAGUUUCAUUAGUGAUAGACUCGGCCAUUUUAACGUGAUGCUUAUAAUGAUAUUGAGUACAUCCCUUUCAAUGUUGGCGGUCUGGCUUCCGUUUGGCUCACAUCAUGCCAUCUUGUAUGUGUUUAUCAUCCUUCUAGGUUUCUUUUCUGCUCUGAUUUUUUCUACGACCCCAGCGUGUUUGAGACAGAUUACUCCUGUGAGGGAUUUUGGCUCCAAGUAUGGUCUCAUGUACUUUCUUGUCAGUUGUGGGAAUUUGGUGGGGAUUCCGUUAGGAAGUGCAAUUAUUCUGGACCUGAGUAAAUUUCAUUACAAUAUGUUUGCGUUGUUCUGUGGGUUGGUUUCGUUUGCUUCUUCCUUCUUUUGGAUAUUUUCUCGAUAUAAGAGCGUGGGUUUCCGGUUAAAUGUGAAGAUAUGAGCUUCUUUUGUGGAGAAUGUACGGCUUGAAAGUUGAAUUGAUUUCUUGGGUCGUGUCACGCACAACAAGUGGUUGUUCGGCACUCACCACCGCGAUGCUGAGGUGAAUAUUGAGUUGGACUUCGAUUACGUAAAGGUAAUUGAGUUGUGAUUCACUUGUGCAAGACCUGUUGGGGUACUCAGACUUCAUCGCCUGGCUGACGCAACGGUAUAAUCACCUUCUCACCUUAUACUGCUAGUCCUCUAAUAUCACAUUCAUGCUUGCAAUCUUAAUAAACCUAUAUAUUCGUUUUAUGUUGCUGUCUCUUCGCCCUUCCUAAUUUUUUUGCAGCAAUAAUUUGUAUGCUGUAUGCGAAUUCACCUGAUACUUUUGUUAUAUAACAAUUAGUUCGACCCAAGUGAUUAUACAACUUCAAAUGUCGAAUGCUCCAUUGCUAUUAGAUAAAAGGAAAAGAAUACAAGACG